UUAUCAACAAUCUCAGCUGCUGAUUUUGACAUUUCAAGUGGUGUCCAAUACCUGUGAGACGCAUUUUGUUUAUAAACAAUCGUAUUACUAUUAAUUUAUAAAAAUGGCGGACUACUGGAAGUCGAAUGAGCGCAAAUACUGUGACUUUUGCAAAUGUUGGAUAAGCGACAACAAAGCGAGCAUUGCCUUCCACGAAAGUGGGAAGCGGCACAAAUUGAAUGUAGCCAAGCGCAUUACAGAUAUUAGCCGUAAUAGUGAAAAGGCAGAAAGGGAGAAGCAAAAGAUGGAUGCCGAGAUCCGAAAGAUGGAAGAAGCGGCAAUGCGUUCAUAUGCGCAGGAUAUACACGCAAGUGGUGAUUUUACAGCGCGUAGCAUAAAUGCCGUACUUGAUGCAAGCACGCCCACUGUGACCGCUUCUACUUCAGCAGCGUCGAAAUCGCGCGGAAAACAAGUGGAUCCCGUAAGACUGCCAGGCAAUUCCGAUGAUGAAGAUGAUGAUGGCAGAUCCGUUAGGGUACAAAAGGUAGCGCCAGACACUGUUCCGAAUGCGUCACUUUGGGUUGAGGGGGUCUCCGAUGAAGGUUACACCUAUUAUUGGAACGUGAAAACAAACGAAUCGGUAUGGGAACCACCUAAAGAAGGCUAUCUCUCAUAUGCCGAAUAUCAACGCAUAAACGAAUUGGCUGUGAAAAAGCAAGAAAUAGAAGAAGCAAGUGAAGCGAAAAAGUUUCGCGAGAACGUCAAUGAGGAGGUGGCGCGUUACAAUCGAGAACGUUUGAAAAUGUUCAGAAAACCCGAAACUGCACAAGAGGCACAAAAGCGGCGUGAAGUGAAACAAUCAUACAAAACGGAGGAAGAGGCUUCCGCACAAACGAUUGGUGAAUGGCAAGUGGUGGAGCAAAUACCAGCUGCUGCACCUAUAGACUUAGAGCUACCCAAAGUUGAUAACUAUUAUGUGCCACCGGUUGUGUCCAAUGUGCCAUCGGAACCCCCUGUAAAGCGCUUCAAAGAGAAGGUCAUUGAAACCUUGGAUCCAACAGUCGUAAAUGACGUGCCAACCUCGUUCAAAAAACGAAAAUUCGCGGCAAAAGCAAAUCAACGUCAACGGCUCGACGUCGAUUAGCUUUUAGUGUAUCAGAUUUCUUCGUUACUUUUUAUUUAAUUACAGUCGAUUAGUUUGAUUUAAUUUCAUUAAGAAUAAUAACAUUCAUAAAUGUUACAUAAUUUGUAACGGUAAAUAUUAUGUCGAAUAUAUGCAAUUUGACGUCAAAUAAGCUAAAAUGUAGGCGUAAUUGUUUAUAAUUCAUUAAAAUCGCAUAUGCAACAUGUCAGACA